AUGUCAAAUAAGCAUAAUUUUACUCAGGAUAUGAAUAAGAAAAAGAAGUUCUACGUGUUACCAAUGUUUCCCUAUCCAUCUGGUACACUACACAUGGGUCAUGUGAGAGUCUACGCUAUGAGUAAUUGCAUAGCUCAAUUCCGGAAAAUGCAAGGAUUUAACGUUAUCCAUCCAAUGGGUUGGGACGCGUUUGGAUUACCAGCGGAAAAUGCAGCUCUGGAAAGGGAUUAUGAUCCCAUCACGUGGACUUACAGUAAUAUCGAUCAAAUGAGGACACAGCUGAUAAAUCUAGGUCUUGACUUCGAUUGGGAAAAAGAAAUUAUGACUUGCUCACCAGAUUAUUAUAAAUGGACACAGUGGUUGUUCUUACGAAUGUUCGAUGCUGGCUUAGCUUACCAAAGACAAGCUUUGGUCAACUGGGAUCCUGUGGAUCAAACUGUACUAGCAAAAGAACAAACCUUACUUUCAGGAUUGGAUGAUCUAAAAUGGCCUGAAAUCGUAAAGCAAUUACAGCGUAAAUGGUUAGGAAAAAAGAUGCUGGGUAAUCAACGUAUUGGAGAAUAUAACAAAUUAAGCGUAUGCACGGAUGCACCGCAAUAUGUAUAUGGAGCAACUUAUGUUGCCAUUGCUCUAGAUCAUCCUUUCGUGUCCGCUGUUCUGGAGAAUAGUCCUCGCACGAUUUAUAACAAAGAGCUUGGUAUUAACGUGGUUAACCCGUUAAAUGGGUGUAGUAUUCCAGUUUACGUUGCAAAUUAUGUACUUAGCGAUUUCGGUUCUUUGGCCGUUUUGGGAAUCCCUGGACAUGGCGGGAAACGCGAAAAGGGCUUUGCUAUGAAAUUCAACAUACCAAUAUUAUAUGUUCUUGAUGGUAGAGAAUGCCUGGUUAAUUCGCAUCAAGUAGUACCUGUACCGGAUGAGGAACUACCGGUGCGAUUACCGGAUUAUCACAAUGCUAGCAGGAGCAAAAGUUUUAGUUUGCGAAAUAUAUCUGAAUGGCUUAAUACAUCAUGUCCUAAGUAA